AUGAGAGCCUUUUUCGCUCGUAGACCCCUUCGCUUUAUUUCUACUCAACAACAUGUGGAAAUGGUCUACCAUCCAUGCAGGAAGCCCUCUCGAUGGUGUUCUCAUUCAACAACAAAAACAACAAUAAUAAACAAUACAGAUAAUCAUCAAGAAGAAGAGAAGAAACAAGAACUGUUAAAAAAAGUACAGUUAACAUGCAGUGCGUUGCAGAAUACUUUAGGAUCAUUAUUAGAAGAUCGUCAAUGUCUUUACCGUGAAAAUGUGUUGGAUGCAAAAUUAACUCCAAAACGUCAAGAAUUAAAACGUCUAUUGCAGUUUAAUACUUCUAAUGUUGAAUCUAGUGAUGUUGUGGGGCUAACGCUUGAAAAACUUAUGCAAUGGAGAAAAGAAUGGCUAUUUGGAAAAGAAAAAGAAGAAGAAGGAGGAAGAGAAAUAGAUAAAAGGGAUAAAGUACUUGAAUUUUAUAAUGCUGUUUUAUUUAGUGCUGCGAUUACAUCUGAUGCGGAUAUUCGACUAGUUUUAGAUACAAUGAGAGAUCAUGAUCAUCUUGAACCAGAUGAUAAAACAUAUAUUGCUAUUAUGCUUUCUCUUAUUGUGGAACGUAAAGUUUCUCAUCGAGUAAAAGAUGAUGUGGGUUUUUAUUAUUUUGGACAUGCAUUGAAAACAAUGGGAGAAUCUUUUAUUACACAUGAAAUGUGGGGAGCUUUAUUUAUUCUCUGUACGGUUAUGGAAACGGCUGGGAAAUUAAUAGAUCAAUGGUGGGAUUUACUAUUAAAGACAUGUGAAGGUUCAUCCUCUUUAUUACCCUACGCUGCUGUUCAUGCUGCUCUUACGUGGUGUUCUGCUAAUCGUGAUGUGGAGCGGGUAUUACGUUUUUUUCACACGGCGAAUAGUAAAGGAAUUACCGCAAUGACAGAGAAUGGUUCCAUCUGUGUUAUUAAGAGUGGUGGUUUAACAGAAAAGAACAGAGAUAAAAUGAUACAAAUGUAUCAAUUAAAACUUUUGGUAAAGUUAAUAGUGACGGUAAAGUCUAUAAAAAUGGAUGGAGGACUUCGAAAUCUUGUGAUUAAAGAUAUUCGUCGUUUAAUAGAUGCAGAUUUACUACAAUCUGCCCCAUGGGGUGUUUUGAAUGAUCUUCUUAGUGGUCUUUCCAUGCCAAGUGCAAUGCAAUUAUUAAAAUUCCGAUCUAUGCAUACAUCUGAAGGGGAUGGUGGAAUUCCAUUUACUUUAUGGGCCUCAUUACUACGGCGGUGUGCACGAGAGCAUCACAUUGAUCAGGCGGAGUCCCUCUUUCUUUUUAUUCGCAAACGUUUCACCCUUACAUCUGUAGAGAAGGCAGAGUUAGUGGAGAUCAUGCUACGCAUGUUUGCCACCCUUCCCCAGCCAGACUACACUUCCGCAAUGGCGCUCUUUCUCGAACACGUUGUGCGAACCCCGCAGGGAGAACCGCGCGUGGCGGCCACUUCUUCUCUCUACGCAUUGUUGGUCCGCGCCGCCGACAGUCGCAGUGCGGCGAUGAUGACAUUUCUCGAGGCCUGCGCGGCGGGAGUGGGCGUGAGUGAAGAGAUGUUGGAGGCCGUGGUGAAUGCCCAUCGGCACACAACAGUGGCGGCCCUCAGUCGUAAACUUCCACAUGAUUAUCAGGCCUCUAAACUGGAUGGAUUAAUUCACAUUCCCGCGAACGUGGAUGCACAUCUGCGGCGUGAAGAGGCAAUGAAGUUGCGGGGAAAGCCCAUCGUGGACUCCACAGGGGAAGUGAAUUGA